AGUUAUGUACGGAUUAUAAUAGCUGUUUCAAUAUAGUUCUUUUUUUUGGAUAUGACAAACCCCCAAGUGUAGUCGGAUAUUUGAAAACAAGCUGCUAUGCGAGAAAGGCUUGAGUCUUAUUCAUUCUUGAGGUCAAGUGUCAGUCGAUGAUAUAGCUGACAGCGCCGAAAGAAUCUUAGGAGCAUCAUGGCCGCAUCCACAAGUAAGCGAUUUCGACGAAAGGAUUGACAUUGAAGAGGCACUGGAACUGCCAGUCAUUGACGUAGGAUCCGAAGCAGCUAACAUUCUAAGUACUGACUAUUCCUGAAAUUCCAAACGAACAAACGCGUCUGCGUUUUGGCUGUGUAAAUCGAAGGCGGGAUUUCCAUUGAGAGAAAACAUUUCUCUAGAAAUAAUUUAUCCGACGGGAAAAGUUCAGUGUAUAAUCUGAAUCUUGUGAAAGGGACGAUAUAUUUAUAUCAAAGUUAUAGUAAUUUCUGGAAAAAGGAGUGCAUCAUGUCGGAUGAGAAAAAGCAGGAGGCCAAAACUGAGCCUGAACAUAUAAACCUGAAAGUACUUGGUCAGGAUAAUGCUGUAGUACAAUUCAAAAUAAAGAAACACACCCCUUUGCGCAAACUUAUGAAUGCGUACUGUGACCGAGUAGGAUUAGCAAUAGCUGCUGUAAGAUUCAGAUUCGAUGGUCAGCCUAUCAAUGAAAAGGAUACACCAACGACUUUAGAAAUGGAGGAGGGUGAUACCAUAGAGGUCUACCAACAGCAAACGGGAGGUCAUGUUUGUUGAAAAGUUUGUUAAUUCUCGUUUGUGAAAGGACUAAGUGAACUCCAUAUUUCCAGUGGUUAUCCAUUAAAAUCUUACCAGGUAUUAAAUUCUUUUUUUUCCUUAUGUUUGAAAUAAUUGAGGGGAAGUAGUCACAGAAUUUUCGCUCAAGUCAAAUCAAUCUGUUAUUUAUAUAGGUAAUAAACUUUUGCAUGGCGAUUAACAGCAACUUUCUUUAUGGAGUCAAAAGUUCUACUGCUAGCCGCUAUGCAAAUUUUUAGAUUUUAAGUUUAUUAGCUGUUCAAAAUCCGAUUGAUUUGCUAAGCCACAACUUGCGAUAUUUGGCAAUUCCAAUUUCGUAAACAAUAAACAAAAUAAUAGAAGUGUCUCCUGAAAAUGUUCACACUUUCCGCGAAUAACACUCAUCUCUAAUAAUUAUUUAUUGAGUUCGCGAAAGGGUUUCUUUCGUUCGAAUUUCAAACUCAACAUUCUAGAGUUCUUAUAAGUUCCUUGUUCUGCAUCUUAUGAUGCAGUCCAUCACCACAGACAGUUGACUAAAAAUUUGCUGAUUAAGUUGCCGAAGGAGAGACGGGUGUGCGUGAUGAUAAAUAUCAAUUAUAAGUCAUACUAAUUCGUCUAAGCAAUAUUCUUUGUCAGUCAUGUCUACAAGAGGUACACACAGUGCCACUUAAUAAUUCGUAAAAAACACGGUAAUUUCUUAAAGCGUAAGGAGAUGAAGGAAAAAAGGAAGGAGGAAAAAAUAUGGAAAUUUGUGUAUAACAAUAUGUAAAGUCUACGAUUUCUCUUAAUAAAUUCCAAUUUUUUUAUAUAACAA